AUGCUUGCUUAUUACGUGAUCGCGCUGAUCGUCAUGGUCCGAUGGAUUGGCGCGCGUCCGGCGACGAUCCACGCGACGCACACGAUAGUGGCGAGCGGCGACGCGGCGUCGCAAUUCAAAUUCACCGAAAAAGCCGACAUCGUCGUGACGCACAGGAAUAUCAAUGAAGACUCAACCGACACGGAGACGUCGAUCAAACUCUGGGGCACAUUCUCGCCGGUUGGCAGCAAUUACGAGACGGGCGGCGACAUUGUCCAGGUGUCCUCGUUUCGGCCGUGCAAAGCCCACCGCACCGGCGUCGAUCAUACGAUAUUCGAGCACGUGUCGGUGGUGUUCGUCGACGACGUUCAGCCGUUCCUCACCGGAUGCGUCGCGUUGGACAAUCAGGCGCGAUUCGCCGAGAAGUCGGGCGCGAUGGCGCUGGUUGUUGGGCCCGCGUCGAGAGUCGAACGGAAUACCAAGCCAUUGACGCUCGGUAUCACCCGAAUUCCAGUAAUCGUGCUCGAUGACGAGCAAACCGAGCUUCUACGCGAUGAGCUCAAAAAGGCGAGCACGAGCGGCUCGGUCGCGAAACUUCGCAUCAAUUACAUCGAGGAGAAGCCGCCGAAAGUGCUUAAACUACAGGUUUUCCGGCCGACACUCCUCAACAUUUGUCUCAUCGGCCUUCUCAUCAUAUUGAUCGCGUUCGUCUCGCUUCUCGUCGUCAUCAAAAUCCGUUGCCAACCAACGGUUCAUCGCGAGUUGUGGCUGAGAGCGCUCGCGCGAACCGCUCUCACCAAAAUGGAGAUUCGCAAUUUCGAGAAGGACGCCGAGUCGGCGAAGGCGAAAUCGAAAAAGUCGACGUUCGCGCGUCUGAAACACCAUCGAAUGUCGAACUCGAGGAACUCGUCGUACUUGGCGGUGUUCGGCUCGCUGACGUCGGUGGCGCAAUCGACAGCCUCAUCUCAGGAGCGCUGUGUGAUCUGCCUCGACGAAUAUGAAGAGGGCACCGAGCUUCGCGUGUUGUUCUGCGGUCACGAAUUCCAUCCCAAGUGCGUCGAUCCGUGGCUUCUCGCGAAACGACGAUGCCCGCUUUGUCAGUUCGAUGUCGUCUACAAGCACUACCCGAAGACGGAUUCGCCGAACAAGGUGACGUCGUCGUCGCCGCCACCGCCGCCACCACCGCGCAAUUCCACCGACGAUAUGACGGCGCUGCUGCUGCCGCGUCUCACGCCCGACGACGCGCUGCCGCAAAGUAUCGUCUCGCGCGCUUCGCGUCGACCGCAUCGCACGAUGAUGGCCUACUCGAUUCGGCGACCAAACGAUUCGACGAUGGCGACGUGUUCGCCGUCGUCGCAACGAGCGCGUAGUUGUCCGAAGCGUCGCCAACUGCGGCCGCGCAAUCAAAUCUGGACGACGGUUCGCGUCGGCGGCUACUCGUCGGAUGUGUCGUCGUCGCACGCCGAACCGCAUCGCGCCUUCUAG